ACGGAUAACAUGAGCUGGGGCAUACUGCAAUAACUCUUGAGCUCCAUGUAAACAGCUGCUUCGUCGUUGGGAACACAAAUACCGAUCCUUGUCUGUUGCUGACAACUGACAGAAAUGUCAGAGCCGUCAAGUGAUGCAGAGUCGUCCUGUGGCUGGACCAUUAUCAGUAAUGAGGGUUCAGAUAUCGAGACGUUGGGAUCGGAGGCUGCAGUGGAAGCUGAGCUGUUAGAGCGCCCUCCAGUGAAGGAAGCAGAGCUGCAGGAUACACAGGCUUCUGUAAACGAUGCUCAGUGUGUUGAAGAGAAGGUUGCAGAGUCACUUGACGAAACUCUGGAAGAACAAACCAUAGAUGAAACAUUGUGUGCCUCCGAGGCCGGAGACGACACCAAAGGGAAACAGCAUGUGGCUCUCUUGUCCUCCAGCGAUCACUCAGACAUUGUGACUCUUGGAGACUUGAAGGAGGGCGAGCAUGUGUUGGUGGAAGAGGAGGCAGCAGCCAAUCGGGAGCUUUACCUCGGCACCUCCUGCAGCAGCCAGUAUGCCUUCACUGCAGCAGAGGCUGUUUUCCAAGUGCAGCAACCUACGUUGACAAACUCGAGCAGCAGUGAGGACGAGGCCGGACGAAGCACCAGCACUGUGGUCCGAAGACGACGGUUGAGGAAGAAUACCACCAGCAUCGUCACAGAGCCUGAGGAGGAGGUGCUUGAGUCUGGCCAGAGUGAGGAGGAGGAGGAGGAGGAGGAGGAGGAGGAGGAAGAGGAGGUCAAAGAACAUAAGUGGCUGCAGGAGAAGGAGGAGGAGGAGGCAGAAGUUAGAAAUGUGGAUGUCCGAAUGCAAAGCCGUGGCAGCAACAUCCUCGGCUAUGUCCUGAUCGCCCUCGUCAUCGCCAUCAUGGGCCUUGGCCACUAUUAUGAUACAGUCCAGAUUAAAGAAAGACAGGAGCCAGGUUUUUUUUGUAAGGUCCACUCAGGUGAGUUUGGUAUGGAUGACCUGGAAGAGGAAGAACUGCUCCCAGAAAUGAUUGAGAAGAUAGAGAAAGAGAACCAGGAGCUCAACAUCCAGCAGGAGCAUAUUCAGGCCCAGAGAGAUGACCCGGAAAUGCUGCUGAAACAGAAGACUGAAGAGAGGACGGACAUUGUGUCUCAGCAGCAGAAGUUGACAGCUGAGAACCAGCUGCUGAAAACCUCCCUAGAACGUGAAAAAGAUUCCCUCUCCGCCCUCCAGCAGGAGCUGAGAAUCCUGCUCUCUAAUAUUAGAGAACUGGAGGCGAUGGGAGCCGGUACCGACUCGCUGCGGUCAGAAAUCCAGAGGCUGAAAGACCAGCUGGAGGAGCAGAAACGGCUGAUCGAAAGCUUCCACAGCCAGAGGGAAGACAUGGUGGCUGAAGCACAGACACUGAGGAAGAAGCUUGACAAAGAGAGAACGGUUACAGAUGAGCUGAGGAGAGAGUUAAAUGUGCUGAGAAAUGACAUCCCCAGAGCUGCAAAAGAAGCUGGUUUAGAGUCAGAAGAGCUCCAAUCCCGCCUGAUGGAGCUGGAGAAGAGACUGAGCUUCGAGCAGCAGCGCUCGGACCUGUGGGAGAGGCUGUAUGUGGAAACCAAGGAAGACCAAGCGAAAGGAGACACAGAGUCCAAAGUGAAAAGUUCAAAAGAGGGCAUGGCAGGGAAAGUGAAACAGACAUUUGAUGCUGUGAAGAACUCCACUAAGGAGUUUGUCCAUCACCACAAAGAGCAGAUAAAGAAGGCGAAGGAAGCUGUGAAGGAGAACCUGAGGAAGUUUUCAGAUUCCGUCAAAUCAACUUUCCGACACUUCAAGGAUUCAGCUUCGACCUUCAUCAACAAAGCCAGCGGGUUUUAUGAGAAAAGACGCGGUAAGAACACAAAAGAGUCGUGGAAGCACGGAUUCCACAAGCCUCAACAGAAGCACCAACGCAAAUCUGAGGAUUCCUUCCAGAGCGACCACAACACUCGAAAAUCAGGGGAGAAAGUUCACGAAGGUCAAGACGCCCACAAGACCAAGUCUAAAGGAUGCUCCGGCAUUCUCGACAGCGCCUAUCAGGAGUCCAUGAGCCGCUUCGACAAAGCCAUGGAGCCAAUCGGAGCAGACGAGUUUUACCAGCUGGUAGAAAGCUACGUGCACCAAGAAGUCGACCACUUCCACCACUGGAAAGAGCUGGAGGUGUUCAUCAACAACUUCUUCCACAACGGCGUGUUCGUCCACGAACAGAUGCUGUUCACAGACUUUGUCAGCGUCGUGGAAAACUAUCUGACUAACAUUCACGAGUCCGAGUAUCAUGGCCUUAAUGGCGACGUAUUCAGAGACCUUGAUGACUUCGUCUACCGGCACUUCUUCGGAGAGGGUUACAAAAAGAACUAUGGCCCGAGCGGGCCAUUUCAAAGACCAGACACGGACUCUAAGGAUUCGAGGGUGAAGCAUCAACAGCGAAAGCAGCAGAGAGCCAGAUCUCGACCACACAGAGAGCGCAAAUGGAGCCGAUCAGGAAGAAACGCAGACGGACACAUGGCUGACGUCAAAAUAGAACUGGGUCCGAUGCCGUUUGAUCCCAAAUACUGAAAAUAUCUCAACUGGUUUAAUAUUAUAGAUGCAAAUUCUAUUUUGGGUUGUGUUGAGAUGUAAAGUCUCAUGUUUUUUUAUUGUAAGUUUGCACAAUGUUAUCUUUGUAAUGCUACUGAACGUUUGUUUUAAGUGGAGUAAUCGUUAUUUUUGAGAGAAAGAUUCGGCAUAUCUGAUCCACAAGUUUACAAGUGUGAAGAUAAAACACUUUAUUAUGGACCUGAUGAUUUAUUUCUAAAACACCAUCGAAACCUAUCUUCAACCAGUGCACCUACGUAAAAAAAUACACGUGAAAUUAUUGAGCAGAGAAAUGUUAAUUGGGAUUUUUUUUUUUUUUUUACAAAAAUGGAAAAUAUGUAAAUGCAACAUUCUUUGAUGUUUUAGUGUAUAUGUAUGUAGUCGUUUUAAAGACUGUGUGUGAAGUGGUUGUAAUUUGCUCUCUGAGUUAAGAUGCAGUUUUCUAACAUUCCACCUCUUGCUUGUUUUACUGGACCUGGCAGUUUUAUUUGUUUUAUUUACACGUGUUGGCAAAAAAAUGACUGGAAGAAACAAUGUCACCAAAUGUAGUUCUGAAAAUAAAUACAGUUGAUGUGAAACAUUUGACACAUCUGACAAUUGGUAUUUCAAAAUAACUAGUUUAUUUCAGUAGUAAAUCCAUAUCAUGUGACAUUGUUCCCGUGUUUGUCAGUGCCUUUCAUAAAUAAAGAUGCUUCCUCCAACUCGUCCCUC